UGCGGAAACUUGGGAAACUUGGAUUGACCCGAACAACCAUGUCUAAUUCCCGCCCACUACGUACACCCAGCCUUCCACCGGCAGCACGCUACCGUCCGCGUCCAGCACAUGGCCUCAUUACACCGCGGGCGCCAGCACCUCGACGCUCCUCUGUUUCGGGGCUAGCCACUACUGGCCAGAAAGCUCAACGUUCCUCCAAGACAAUACAAAAACUCGUCCUCCUACCGUCUGCACCACAAACAAAGCCCCUACGAACAACUGUUUCCGAUGAUAUUCUGGGCUACGAGACCGACGCCGGUGUUGUUCGUGAAUACAAGUCAGCUGGCGAGCGCAUGAGCAAGGAGCAGAGAAAGCGUGCAGGAUACAAGAGAAUCACAGCGUAUUGCAUUGCUGAAGAACUGAGGAUGAAGUUGCUCGCGAGCUUUUUGAAGAGGGAACAUAAUGUCACGCCAAGAGUGUUUGACGAGGCAAUGUAUGUUAUGUACCACCUGCCGCUCCUUCCUGGGUACGGGCCUAAUACCAGCGUCCGUUCCUCCGCAGCGCCUGUCAAGGAAGCCAAGUCCCUCCAAAAACGCCUUGCCGAAGCGGAAGAAAAUGGUUAUCAGGGUUCAUAUUUUAUUCCUCAGGAAGAAGUACCACGGACUUCGGAUGGUUACAUGACGUCUGGAUCUCAUACAGAAUCUCACCGGCCCCCAUCCCGUCCUGAAGUAGAAUCUGAGGCCGAAGGCGAAACGGAGUGUGUAGAAGAGGGUGAGGGUGAACGGUACAGCGCGAACGGAAGCAGUCAGGAAAUAAAGGAGAGGGCAGAGGAUGAGAGACACGAGCAGGCUGAGGUGAAAGAAGAAGACCGUAUCGCGGAAGUGGUCUUCUUUGCUUAUGGCGUUGCGGUCUUCUUUGGACUAGACGAAGGGCAAGAACGGGCUAUUAUCGAGGACAUCAGUAACGCGGGUAUUUUGAAACGAUCGAUGAAAGAAGACGACUGGGAGAUCGAGGAAUGUCAUUUUGCGCAUGAUCCAACUAUCUCAUACCCACGUAUAUAUCACGAUUUCUUCACGUUCAAGUCACCUUCUCAUUUGCUCAAACUGUCUGUUGCGCAUGCCCUCGCCCAGUCUACGCUCCUCGCACACUACGAGUCUGUCGCCUCUUCUGUGCUUUCCUCCCCCAGCACCGUAUCGAUACCAAGGCAGCUCGCAUCCUCUGGCGCCAUCAACCUCAAACGCCGUGAUGCGAUGAGGCUCACAGGCAAGUUGUUCAAGCUCAGACGCGACGUAAAUCUUGUGAGCAAUGUCUUGGACGUCCCAGAGUUGUUCUGGAGCGAGGCAAGUCUGGGAGGGUUGUAUGAAGCUGUACGAGAAUACAUGGAAAUUGGAGAACGUGUACAAGUACUGAAUGAGAAACUCGGAAUGGCGAGCGAAUUUCUAGAUGCUAUACAUGAUCAUUUGAACAACAAUGCAAUGGAACGGAUAACGUGGAUUGUUAUUUGGCUGAUCGUGGUCGCACUCCUAGUGGAGUUGGGCGAAGUGGUCGCACGGUUAAUCGUACAUGCAACAAUGGGUGAAGAGAAGGCAGAACGCAUAGCAUUGCGGGGAGGAGGUGCGCUCAGAGCCCUUUUCAAGAUUGCGUCACAACGAUAGACUUGGGUUGUUCAUCGGAACGGUAUGCAGUAACGAGAUUGUAAUUUUAAUUCAUAGCAAUACCUCGCUGGUCUUCAAUAAUGUUUUUCAGCCCCUUGAGGAAUACAAGCCCUGGGUCGAUUCAUGCAUAACCUCUUACCUCUUGC